AUACAGCUGACAUCAUAAAAAAUGCCAAGUGGCCAAAAGAAUAAUUUGUUUUUAAUUGUAGUUCAUUUUUAUUAGAAAAUUAAUGAAAUUUUCUUUGUAGAAGAAAAUGCUGGAACAUAAUCUCAACAACUCCUUGGAGGCAAAAGGGGAGAAAUUGUGUUUCGACAAGAAUGAAUUUCUUAAGGCCAAUUUUUCUGUGGAUGAAUUCUUGCACAAAAAUCGUAAUGUUUCCAGCCUGGAGCUUUUAAGAGACAAUUUGGGACUCUAUCUCAAAAGCUUGAGGGCUUCUAUGAUCGAUCUUAUUAAUGAAGACUAUGCUGACUUUGUUAGCCUCUCAGCAAAUCUGGUGGGUCUGCAUCAAUCGAUUGAUACUAUACAAAAUCCCUUGGAAAGAUUUCGAGAUGAAAUAGCUGGUAUUCAGAAUAUGAUUGAUGAGAAUAUAAAUGAAAUUAACGCUAAGUUGGAAACCAAACGUCAGUUAAGAGAAUUGAAACGUAAUUUACAAAGUUUAAAAAAAGUCUAUGAGAGUAGCCAAAAAUUAGAAGAUUUGCUGGCAAAUCAAUUGAGUGGAAAUCAAAUAAAAUCUGUUGACUUGGAAAGAGCCGCCUUAGAGCUGGUGCAAUUGAAAUUUAAUGAAAAGUUUUGCUUGGAAUAUUUAAAUGGGGAACAAUUGAACAACAUUCGCAAGUUGGAAAGUUCUGUUCAUCAAAAACUACGUUUACUUUUUAAUGAGUCCUUAAAGUCCGCUAGUUCUACUUCUACUGAGCCCUUAGAACGCUGUCUACGCAUUUAUAUAACACUUGAUGCUUGUUCAGUAGCCGAAACGGCUUUCAAAGAAGAUGUGGUGGCUCCCUUUAUGACAGAUAUUAUUAGUGAACAUAGUUUGCAACAAACGCCACAAGGCUUGGCUGGUAUAUAUAGUAAAGUUUUGAAUUUUAUUUCGCUACAUAUGACUGAUUUGUUGCGUUUAACUCAGUACACGGAUAAAUUGAGAGGAUUUAAUUUUUUGAUCUAUAGUUUUUGGUCUGAUGUUGAAAUGCGUUUGGAAACUCAUAUGUCUUCGAUAUUUGCACCUGGAAAUUCUGAAGUAUUUUAUGCAAAAUACAAAUGUACCCGAGAUUUUCUUAAUAAAAUUGAGGAAAUUCUGGUGGCUGAAGAAACUAUCAAUGCCUUCCGGCAACAUAAGCAGACAAAAAGUUUUCAAGCCAGAUGGAAUUUACCGGUAUAUUUUCAGAUAUGUUUUCAGGAAAUCGCUGGACAAUUUGAAUCCGUUUUGGAGCCUAUACUUUCUGAAGAUAGUUUAAACAAUUCCCCAGAACAUUACGAACUUAAACCUUUUACACGAGCCCAACAGGCCAUUACACGUUGUUGGUCCGAAGGUGUUUAUUUGCCUGAGGUUUUCCCGAAAUUCUAUAAGUUACACAUACAAAUUAUUUUACGAUUAUCACAUUGGAUUAAUGACGCCUUAAAUGUUAUCAACUCUAAGAAUGGUUUAAACACUAUGCAGAACAAGAAAACGAACUUACUAGUGGCGUUACAUUCGGAUAUACAUAAAUUAAUUGCGAUUUUGCCACAACAACAGGAAUUGGUUAUAAAAAGUUUAAGUGUCUCUUCUGCAGUCCAGCAAAAAGUGCAACAAAUGUUAAUGGUUAAAGACUCGAUAGCAAAAUCCUUCGAUGAUUUAAACGACGAUUUAAGCAAACAUUUAAAUGCCAUACAACAAGCACUAAUAGAUAGCUUGAUAUUGGGAUGUGGUCCUGAAAAUGUCAAACAGGUCAAUGACUUGCCACGUUUAUAUCGUAAAACUAAUCGUGAUGUACCCACCCGCUGUUCGGCUUAUGUGGAACAAAUGUUAAAGCCUUUGAAAUCAUUUAGCGAGGAGUAUGAAGAAAAGUUAACAAAAGAGGUUGUUAAGAAAGUGUUGGCCAGUGUUUUAAAUAAAAUAACUAAAGAUUAUCUAUUGGCGGUCAAUGAAGUUUUAACUUCUGUGCAAAAAACAGAGGAAUCCUUAAGACGUUUGAGAAACCUUAAGGGAGGUGGAGGUUCUUCUACGGCUUUGGUAAAUCAAUCUGGUUCAUCAACCGCCAUGUCUGAUGAUGAUAAAAUACGCUUACAACUGCGAGUUGAUGUCUCAUCAUGGACUAAUGAAUUAUCGAAACUUGACUUUAUGCCCAGCGAUGUAGAAAAAUUACUUGAAUUGAAUUCUACAGUUGAAGAAAGUAUUAAAGGCAAAUAAAUUAGUUUAUAAGAGUAGUGUUAUGUUUUUUUGAUUUGCAAUAUGUAUUUUUUAUUAUAAUAUAUGCCCAAUAACGACUACAUCUUAUUAUAACAAUGCACACUUUAAAAUCCUAUUGUUUUUUGAAAAUGGGGAUGGAAUUUACUUAACUGGCUGUCUAUGUAAAGUUUGUAUUCAAUUUUGUUAUAUAGUUUAAUAAAAUCGGUUCUAACCACAAUACAAA